AUGCUCCAAGAUAGUACUGUACAAGUGUCAGCAGGAAUGCCGAAACAUUCAAGAAUAAAACCAGCAUAUGAUCUGGAAUUAUCAGACGAGGAGGAAAACUACCAACAUCUGAAGCUACUGAGUCGCUCAAAAAGUCUGAAAAAUUCUCAGGGGGACGAUGAGCUAGCCACCAUUUCAUUUGGCACAUUGCGUGAUGCUCAAUCCAAAUUACAGAAUGAGAAGGUUAAUGGAGAUAGUGAAAGCGAUUCUGAAGAUUUCUUUGAAGAAUCAGAUUCAGAUUCUGGUCCGGAAGAGACUAGCUCAAAUACUCGUAAGAAGAGGAGUAAACACGCACCAGCUGAAGCAUCAAGCAAGAAGCCAGUUUCCAGAAUCAGGGACAUCGAAGGUCUACCCUCAAGAAAGUCACAAACAUUGCAUACGGACAUUCGAUUUGAUGCAGCUUAUGGAAAAGCAGAUUUAACUCAAACUAGAAAGAAUUAUGCUUUUUUGGAUGAUUACCGUAAGCAAGAAAUUCAAAACAUGGAACAAAUCUUAAAGGAUAAGAAAUCAAAGUUGGAUGAGGAGGAGAAAGAAGAAAUCAGGUUAAAGCUUCAAUCAUUGAAAUCAAGAAUGGACACCCUAAAGAAUCGUGAUUUAGAGAACCAAGUUCUCAAAGAGUACAAGAAGAAACAAUAUAAAAAUGUAAAAGAGGGCAAAUCGAACCAACCUUAUUUCUUGAAACGUGGUGAUAAGAGAAAGAUUUUACAGAAAGUCAAAUAUGAUAGCAUGAAACCUAAGCAAAGGGAAAAGGCAAUGGAAAGGAAGAGAAAGAAGAGAUUAGGAAAAGAGUUUAGACAAUUAGAAUUUAGACCUCGUAAUGAGUAA